CAGAACGUGGCUGGGAAUUUCAAAAGAUUUUCACUCAACUUUCCUCAGUGUUGGUAGAUUGGCUAAGAACGGAAGUGGCAGUGAAGGUGGCCGAGAGUGGCAGCAGUGUAAUUGAGAGCAGCGGCAAAGGCGAAACGCCAAAAAUAUACGAAAUUAAAUGAAAGAGUAAAAACCAACAACAGCAACUACAAGCAACAAUAUAAGCGAGCGUCAAACGAGACCGGCAAAAUAUAACGGUGAAAGUGAAGCAAACAAGUUUGUGUGUUGUUUGCUCUGUGUGUGCGUGUUUAUUUCCGUGCAAGUGAACGUAAUACAAUUGGCAAAUAACAAAGUUUGCGCCAAGUUUUGGCUUUAUUCGUUUUAAUUUCGUUUUUUUGUGUGGCAGGCGAAAAAGGAUACAAUCUCGAUCAAAUUUAGCCGAAAGUAAUGCAAUGAAAUUAGGAUCUGUGUAUGUAUGCCAACAAAUAAAUGUAACAAAUAGACAAAGGAAUUUAUGAAAGAAGGCGAAUUGGUGAAUUUGUCGACACAAACGAUAGCAAAGCGUGCCACAAAAGCCAUAGUGAGGCAGUGAGGCACAACCAGUUUGAAAGCAACUAAACCACCGCCAAUCGGCUUAAUGGUUUGGUGGCAAUAUUGUUGUUGGUGUAGUGGCACAUAAGCAACUUGUAUGUUUACUAAAAAUAUGUAUGUGAAAGAAAUACCGUUAUUUCCAAUACAUAAAUCGAUUUUAGUUUGCACUUUACACCACACUCCCGUGCUCAUGACAUUAAUUUGCAACUGCAGCUCAACUAAUUAUGAAAUUAAUCCCGCAUGCCAGCGGCCGCAUAAAUAAAUAAUUGCUGGCGACAACAAUACUGCUCCUCGUGCAGGCUCAGCGUCAAAAUUACUGUGAACUAUGUAAAACCUGCUGACAAUUAUAUGAAGAACCAAAUGACCUACAAACUUCCAUCAUUUGAGUGGUAGGACAGGGCGUAUACGUAACAUUAAGUAUGCUGCUAUGCUGAGCUGCAAAGCGAUAAACCGCAGGCAAACAGACAAAUAAGCAGCUUCAAAUUGCAGAGGCAUGUCAUAGAGCAGAACAAUCAAAAUAAAACAGAAAUUCAAACGAGAAUUGAAGCGAAUUAAAGGCGCAUACAAAGCAACGCACGUACAGUUACAUAAAACUAACGGCAUUUUUGCGGCGUAUGACUCAUGCUAAAAACCGCUAGUGCUCACCAAAUCACAACAGCAACACUAUUUACAACAGCGUUAUGCAAAUGCAACUACAACAUUCACACAAAACCUAUUAGUGGCUGCGAAAGGUGUGUGAAACACGCGCGUGCUGCAGCCGUAGUGCCGUUAUUAUUGCAUAAUAUCCGCACCAACGACAGCAAGGACACAAAAAAAAUAACAAAAAGAAAAACGAACAGUAAAAGUAACAACAAAUUUGUGAGCAAAAUAUGAAAAUGAAAGCCAAACAUAAAACGUGUGUUGUGGCGGCGGCGACCGGCGUUGGUGUUGGCGUCGGCGCUGGUGAGAAAAUGAAAUCGGUGAUAUUGUAUCCAUAUGGACCGCUAACGGGGACAGGAUGUUGUCGCAUGCUACAUGCGAAAAAUUUGGCGUUAACAAGCGCGAUUUACACAAUUAAUAUGUCACUCCUGAUUGUUUUGAUUUACUCCUGGCGGAUAAAUGUGAAUAUGCGCAAGGUGGAAUCGUUGGAGGAUGUCUACUAUGGUGUUCAAAUAGCCUAUUUCGCCAUUAUCGGCACACAAAUGUCCAUGAUAGUGCUGAGCGUGAUGUUAAUAUUCGGAAUUUAUAAGGAGAACCCCGGUCUCAUAGUGCCAUGGAUAAUUGGCUACAUCACGUUUAUGGCGCUGGAAGCGGUGGCCAUGGUCUACUCCAAUGUUUUACGAGACCAUGUAAAUAAGCAAUUCGAUGCAAUGUGCAAAGCGGAAGUGGCCUUCUUCAUACUUCGUGCAGUGAUUAAUGUAAGUAUGAAGGCAUGA